AGGCGAAGAAGAAGAAGAAGAAGAAGAUGAAGCAUGCUGACGUAGUUUGCUCUGCGACACCGUUAUCUUAAUACAUCCCUGUUAGCAUGUAGCAGCUGUUCAAGCGACUUUUCUGCAUUGUGUGGCCAUUCACAAUAUUUAAACAAUAAUGCGAGGUUUACCGACGACCCAAUGAUGAUGUGACAUCCAGCCUCGUCUCAGUCGGUGGUGUUGUGGAGCAGUGCAUGUCCUGACCGCAGGAGGUGGAGCAGGGCAGGUGGAGGGUCUGAGCUCUGUUGUCGGUGCCCGGGAUGGAGACCUGGACCCCCAAUCCCCGAGCCAAGCCUUUCAUCCCCCGCCAACAAAGAAGCUUGUACCUCACCUGGAAAUACAAACUGACCAACAAGAGGGCGGUUCGUCGGUUCUGUCAGGCUGGUGCUGUGCUGUUUCUGCUGAUUACUGUCAUAGUCAACAUUAAACUCAUCUUGGACACCAGACGAGUCGCCAAUGAAGACGCAGCAGCUCAAGAAUAUGAGGACAUUAUUCCCAACAUGGAGACGCCACGGAGGCCGGCUAAUGGACGCAAAGUUCUGGACAUUGAAGUGUACUCCAGCCGCUCCAAGGUCUACGUGGCAGUGGAUGGCACCACAGUGUUGGAGGAUGAUAUGCGGGAGCAGGGCAGAGGCAUCCAUGUGAUAGUUCUCAACCAGGCAACUGGUCAUGUGAUGGCCAAGAGGAUAUUCGACACCUACUCCCCCCACGAGGAUGAUGCCAUGAUCCUCUUCCUCAACAUGGUGACACGGGGCCGAGUCCUCAUCUUCACCAUAAAGGAUGAAGGCACGUUCCACCUGAAGGAUGCUGCUAAGAACCUGCUAAAGACUCUGGGCAGCCAGGUGUCCCUCAACCUCAGCUGGAGGGACAUGUGGACACUGGUGGUGAAGAAAGGAGGUCAGGUGUAUGGAGAGAAGCACUCAAAGUCUCCAGCUCUGUCCACCUGGGGGGACCCGGUGCUGCUGAAGACUGAGGUGCAGCUCACCGCCUCUGAAGAGGCAGAGUGCCACUGGGCAGACACGGAGCUGAACAGGAGGAGGAAGCUGUUCUGCAGCAAGGUGGAAGGAUACGGCAGCAUCUGCAGCUGCAAAGACCCGGCGCCCAUCGAGUUCAACCCUGACCCUCUGCCCAAUAAUAACGUCUUCAGUGUCCCGGUGGCCGUAAUAGCAGGGAACAGACCAAACUACCUCUACAGGAUGCUGAGGUCGCUCCUUUCGGCUCACGGCGUCAACCCGCAGAUGAUAACCGUCUUCAUCGAUGGAUAUUAUGAGGAGCCUAUGGAUGUGGUAGAGCUGUUUGGACUGAAGGGAGUUCAGCACACGCCCAUCAGCAUCAAGAAUGCCAGAGUGUCCCAGCACUACAAGGCGAGUCUCACUGCAACCUUCAACCUUCACCCUGAAGCCAACUAUGCCAUCGUCAUAGAAGAAGACCUGGAUCUCUCCAUCGACUUCUUCAGUUUUCUGAGUCAGACGGUCCACCUGCUGGAUGAGGAUGACAGUCUGUACUGCAUCUCAGCUUGGAAUGACCAGGGCUAUGAACACACAGCAGAGGACCCCGCUCUGCUCUACAGAGUGGAGAGCAUGCCCGGCCUAGGCUGGGUGCUGAAGAAGAGCCUCUACAAGGACGAGCUGGAGCCAAAGUGGCCGACCCCUGAGAAGCUGUGGGACUGGGACAUGUGGAUGCGAAUGCCUGAGCAGAGGAAAGGCAGAGAGUGCGUCAUCCCCGAUGUGUCCCGCUCGUACCAUUUUGGAAUCAUCGGCCUCAACAUGAACGGAUAUUUCCAUGAGGUGUAUUUCAAGAAACACAAGUUCAACACUGUUCCCAACGUGCAGCUGAAGAAUGUCUACAGCUUGAAGAAGGAUGCGUAUGAAGUGGAGAUCCUGAACCUGCUGAAGGAAGCAGAGGUGCUGGACCACAGCAAGAACCCGUGUGAAGAUUCGUUCCUUCCAGACACAGAGGGGAAAACCUACGUCAUGUUCAUUAAGAUGGAGACCGAGACGGACACCUCCACCUGGACGGAGCUCGCCAAGUGCCUCCAUGUUUGGGACCUGGAUGUACGGGGAUACCACAGCGGCCUGUGGCGACUCUUCAGGAAAAGAAAUCAUGUCCUGGUGGUGGCCGUGCCAAUCUCCCCGUACUCUGUGAAGAAACCAGCCAGUGUCACUCCCAUUCAGUUAGAGCCUCCGCCCAAAGAAGAGGGAGCCGUGGUGGAUCAGAUGUAGCCCCGACGUUACGCUCUCUGUCGCACACAUUGCACACUACAACCAGCCCAGGCCUUAACGACAACAACAACCACUAAAAAUCCAGCCUGGGACCCACAAACGUUCAGACUUCUCCUAGAUUGUGUCUACGAGUGGACACCAGGGAAAUGGAAUCCUAUUUUUCGAGGGGUUAACACUACAAACUGCACUACUACAUCCGUCCAGCAGGUUGAGGAGGAGCGUUGUUUAAAAAAAACAGGUUUUGGUGACUGAACAACUGAGACGGUAUAUGACUGUCAACAGCUGUCUCUUUCUGUUGCCGUGACAACUGUGACGGCUCCACGGUCUGUUAAAUUUCAUUUCAAGCUGUGACUUUUUCAGCGACAACGGUACAAAUGACACAAAUCAAACACUCACCAGAUUUCGGAGGUUGUUGUGUUUUUUUAACUACUGAGUGUUCAUUUUGUACGUUUUAACUUAUCUCUAUUUAUUUUACAUCUAUCAAUCAAACAAGGAGUUUAGGUGGUUGUUUGCUAUUUUAUUUUUAAAUAUCCACUUUUAUCAAGAACAGUGCAUUUUUUUAAAAGCCUAACGUUUACAGGAAAGGACAUAAUAAUGUAUAUACAUGCCUAUAUAUAUUUUUUAACGAAAAUGAAAAGGGUCAGCCUAUUUUUAAGCGUUAGAUAUUGAGUUUGAGUGAAAGAAUUCAUAACAGACCUGUGGGUUUCAACUAUUAUUCACUGCUCGGGUCAGCCUCUGAUCAGGUUCCAUGAGGGAAACUCUAUGGUGGCUGACAAGGGACUAAAUUAAGAACAUAUUCACUUAUACAGCAACAUGACUAAUCUGAUUCUGCCACAGUAAUUGCUAAUUAAACAUCUUUAAUCAAAUAGUUCCUGAUUUAAAAAAAAAAGUUAUAUUACAUGCGUUAACUACAUUGAAACAAAUAAACAGUGACUUGCAUUAACUGUAUUAUGUCAACAGGUUCCACAUACUUAUAUUAGGUAAGUUGUAAGCAAUCGUAUUAAGUUGAACAUAUUGUUAUUUUUAGUCAAACUUAAUAGUAUUGCUUUCAACUUACCUAAUAUAAUUGUGUUAUCAGUUUACAUAAUAUAUUUAUUUAAGUCAACGUUUAAAACUAGCUAUGGUUUCGCAGAACACAAAUACAUUUGUUUUCAUUUGUAAUUGAGAAAUUAAACAGGAAAAGUAUAGUUUUGGGGGAGUAAUAGGUAUUGAAAGUCAACCCUAGCAUUCAACACUUUCAAAAGAUACCCAUUCCCAUCAUUUACACGACAAAGAUAAUUCAUAACUUCAAAAGAAAAAUCAUAAAAGUCCAAGGCAAAGUUUUAGUGCUUCAUUAUUUUGCUUAAAAAAAUGCUACUUUUAUUUAUUUUUUAAUGAAAAGAAAUAAACAUGUCAAGGCAGUGUAUAUCCCAUAGUGUUGCUGGCUAACUGCAGUAUUUAUUUUUCACAAAAGAGCUAGUUCUCUGUUUUGGCCUCUGUCAGCCACCGUAGGGUCAGAACAGAACGUUGGGACUUUAAACAGUUAUACAAUUUUUAUGUAAAUGCAAUGCAGAAAGCUAACUACAGGUAACUGACUGCUUCCACUGCUGAACUAUUUAAGAGCCACAGAACAGACAGAUGUUUGAAGUGUCUUUGUGUGUUUUAUGAAUGAAAACGUCUGCUGUCAUCGAAGCAAAUAGCAGCAGAGGGAACUCAUCUUUUUACAGCUGACAAAGGGACUUUGUUAUUUGCCUUAUUGUCAGUUUUCUGUGGUUAAGAAAUUGGGAGGUUCUGAAACAUAAACGUCCAUAUCAACAACUACAGUGAUACUCCAAUAUAUGACUUUAACAUCUUUAAACAUGAAAUAAGAACGAUCAUGGUUGCUGCUAUUGUAUUAGGUACAAAUAUCUGAAUUGAUCUAAAUUAUAUCUGUGACCCUCACAGCUGUGUCCUUACCAUUUCAAGUGUUUGUGUUCCUUUUUUAUCAUCACAUACUUCAUUUAGCUUUUUAUUUUAAUUUCCAGCUGAUGUAACUACGGACUAAAUGAAUGAGUGUGUGAAUCCAGUUUCAAUGUAUCGAGCGGAGUAUUUCGCAGAGUGGUUUGAUUUUAAUAUUUGUAUUUGUGUGUCCAGCGAACAACAUAUUAACUCUCUGGCGGAUAAAACCACUGACUCAGCAGUAUUGCAGCCCGUGUCGUGACUGAAUGAAUCUCCGUUUGUGUCCUGGAAAUGUCAUUAAGGUUUAUAAGACGUUGCAGAGGUAGAAUCUGCCUACUUUAUAAGCUUGUUUUGCAUUUUUGUCUUUUCAUUUCAAUUUCUCUUUUUGUGGUACGUGUGCUUCUUAUUGUUUAGUUGAGAAACUACAUCAUUUUCUCCUCAACAAUACGCUUGAUUUUGUGUUCAUCAUUUGGAAAAUUCUGCAAGGUAUGUUUGAUGGGUUUCUGGUGCAGUUUGACAUAUGUUUGAGUUCCUUUAUCUUUUAUCAUGAUAAACGAAUAAAGAUGUUUUUUACUGA